AUGGCUGGAGGCGCGUGGAGGUCAAUGCUGUCUGUGCUCAUGGGGACUGUAAAGAGCAAGGCCCCAUGGACAAGGAAUUUUACCCAGGGUGUACAGACUGUAACGUUAAUCCCUGGUGAUGGAAUUGGUCCUGAAAUUUCUACUGCUGUCAUGAAAAUUUUUGAAGCUGCUAAAGCUCCCAUACAGUGGGAAGAGAGAAGUGUUACUGCUAUCAAAGGACCAAGUGGUAGGUGGAUGAUUCCACCUGAAGCAAAAGAAUCCAUGGACAAAAGCAAAAUUGGACUGAAAGGACCUUUGAAGACACCUAUUGCUGCUGGUCACCCCUCGAUGAACCUGUUGCUGAGAAAGACCUUUGACCUUUAUGCCAACGUGCGUCCUUGUGCCUCCAUUGAGGGUUACAAGACCCCCUAUGAUGACGUGAACUUGGUAACCAUCCGAGAAAACACAGAGGGAGAGUACAGUGGCAUUGAGCAUGUGAUUGUUAAUGGAGUUGUACAGAGUAUAAAACUCAUCACAGAGAAAGCAAGCAAGCGUAUCGCUGAGUAUGCUUUUGAAUAUGCCAGAAACAACCAAAGGAUAAGUGUUACAGCAGUUCACAAAGCAAACAUUAUGCGCAUGUCUGAUGGACUGUUCUUGCGCAAGUGCCGGGAGGUGGCUGAAAACUACAAGGACAUUAAAUUCACAGAAAUGUACCUGGACACAGUGUGUCUAAAUAUGGUACAAGAUCCCACACAGUUUGAUGUGCUUGUAAUGCCAAAUCUAUAUGGUGAUAUCUUAAGUGACCUCUGUGCUGGUCUGAUUGGAGGUCUGGGAGUCACUCCAAGUGGCAACAUUGGAGCUAAUGGUGUUGCUAUAUUUGAAUCGGUCCAUGGAACAGCUCCAGACAUAGCAGGAAAAGAUCUUGCUAAUCCCACAGCUCUUUUGCUCAGUGCUGUAAUGAUGCUUAGACACAUGGGGCUUCAUGGAUACGCAAAGAAGAUUGAGAUGGCCUGUUUUGACACCAUCCGGGACAAAAAGGUUUUAACCAAAGAUCUUGGCGGAAACUCUAAAUGCUCAGAAUUUACAAAUGAAAUCUGCCGAAGAGUGCAAGAUAUGGACUGAGAUGCUGCUGAUGUCUGUAUCUGGGGUCCUCCAACAUAAACGUAACUUCAUAUUUGAGCGCACAAUUUGACUCAGAACUGUGUAUGAAUCAAGAUGACAUUAACGUGCUGAAUGUUUCUGUCCCCUUACACUCUGAGCUUUGCAAGUGGUUUUUUUUAUAUUCUGGAGAUUGUUGCUUAAUAUUUAUAAAAUGAUUUUUGGCUGUGUCAGAAAAUAUAAACUUGCUAAUAUGCUUUUUUUUUUUUUUUUUUUUUCCCCCUCCCAUUGGUGGAUAAAACCUACUUCUGUCUCUGAAUAUAUUUUUUUUCCUUAUUUUUUUUAAUAUUUGGACCACUUCAUCUUAAGCACAGACAUAAACUGCACCUGAUUGUAACAUUACCUGUGUUUUUCUUGUUAUAUUCAAUGCAAUGGAAUUGACUUGAGGUUCACUGUAUUUUAGUUACAGCUGCUUUAUUUAGAUCCACCUGGUUCAGUGCACUCUUAAAUCCACAGUUCUCAGCAUAUUGAAAAAUAUUCUACA